AUGGGAGAGGAGAACCAAACCUCUGUGACAGAGUUUGUCUUCCUGGGCCUCUCGCAGGACCCACACACCCAAGUCCUGCUCUUCUUUCUUUUCCUCAUCAUCUACCUGCUGACCUUGCUGGGAAACCUGCUGAUGGUGGUGCUCAUUCACAUGGACUGCAGACUCCACACUCCCAUGUACUUCUUCCUUAGAAACCUGUCCUUUGCUGAUCUCUGUUUCUCUACUACCACUGUGCCCCAGGUGCUUGUCCACUUCCUGGUGAGGAGGAAAACCAUUUCCUUUGCUGGGUGCUCAGUGCAGAUCAUUGUUCUGCUUCUGACUGGGUGUACAGAGUGUGCUCUUCUGGCAGUGAUGUCCUAUGAUCGGUAUGUGGCUGUGUGCAAGCCCCUGCACUACUCCACCAUCAUGACCCACUGGGCACGCGUCAGGCUGGCUGUGGGGUCCUGGGCCAGUGGAGCAUUUGUGUCCCUGGUGGACACCACAUUCACCUUGCGUCUUCCCUACCGAGGAAACAAUAUCAUUAACCACUUUUUCUGUGAGCCUCCUGCCCUCCUGAAGCUGGCCUCAGCAGACACUUACAGCACAGAAAUGGCCAUCUUUGCCAUGGGCGUGGUGAUCCUCCUGGCUCCUGUCUCCCUCAUCCUGGUCUCCUACUGGAACAUUAUCUGCACUGUGAUCCAGAUGCAUUCUGGAGAGGGGAGGCUCAAGGUCUUCUCUACCUGUGGCUCCCAUCUCAUUGUUGUCGUCCUCUUCUAUGGGUCUGGAAUAUUUGCCUACAUGAGGCCAAACUCCAAGACCACAAAAGAGCGAGAUAAAAUGAUCUCUGUGUUCUAUACAGUGGUGACUCCAAUGUUGAACCCCAUUAUUUAUAGCCUGAGAAACAAGGAUGUCAAAGGGGCUCUCCGGAGAGUAUCUGCAAAAUAA